CCUUUAUUCAUUUAUGAAAAUACGAAUAUGAAUAUUCAAGCAUUAACUUCACCAUCAAACGAUAAAGUGAAUGAUAGAUUCUUAAAUGCUUGUCCUCCUGAUAAGUCACAUUAUACUUCUUUAUCAAAGAAUACAAGUCAUCAUAAGAAAGAAUAUUUGUCUUCAAGUCAACAACAUGAUUCUCGUCCACAACAAAAUAUGAAUUUGACUGAUUUACAAACUGUUGUUUCAACAUAUCAUGAAAAUCCAGAACUAUUAAAACUUAUUUUAACAAGUAAAGUAGAAGAAGAUAAAAGAAGAGCAGAAGAAGCUAAAUUAAAAGUAAAAGAAUUGGAUAUCUUUUUUAAAAAGCAUCAAGAAGAAUGGUCGACAACACAUAAACAUAAUUAUCCUUCAAUGAACCAACAGCAACAUAGACGAUCUUCUUCUACCACUAGUAGUAGUAGUAGUAGUAAUCAUAGUCUACAUGGUACGAAUAUAGGCAAUAAAUAUAAUAAUAGACCUACUACUACUACUACUACUGCUACUACUACUACUACUAUUACUAGAGACGAAGGAGAAUCUAGCCAUUAUCGUAAUAAUAGUAGUAGAUCUAUACCUUAUCCAGUCCCUACUAGUGCAGUUACUAAUAAUAAAUCAGCUUUUGUUCUAUCCAUCCCUCGUCGCAAUUCCUCUGCCUCUAUUAUUACUACUAAUAAAAAUAAUAAAAAUAUGACAGUAGCAGUAGUAGUAGGAGGAGGAGGAUAUUAUCAAGCAAGUCAAUCUAGUACAUAUUUGCUUUCAUCUUCUGCACCAAAUUCUUCUUGUCUAUCCCCACCUUCUUCCUUUUCAUUUCAUAGACAUUCAGUAGAUUAUAAUACUGACAAUAAUAAAGAUUAUCAACAUACCAAUAAUAAUAAAAUAUCCCGUAGAAGAAGAUCCAUGCAAGCUAUAACAAAAAUAGUAAGAACCUCUGAGUUUCCAUAUAAUGACGGCUAUUUCUGGAAGAAUAAUGGCAAUACUGUACAAAAGAAGACACGUUGCAGAAGUGUCUAUUACAAAUGUGCAAACAGUUCAAAGGGAUGCCUUGUUAAUAAAACAGUAGUUGAACAAGUAGAUGGUAGUUAUAUUAUAAAAUAUAGAGGAGAACAUAAUCCUGAAUGCUCUAAAGUUGAACAUAUUAUAGACUUGUAAAUAUAUUUCAUGUACCUUUCUUUUUUCUUUAUAUUAUAUUCCCUUUUAUAUUAUUUAUUAUAUACAAAAUUUAUAUUUAUUUAUUCACAGUAGUAAAUGCUACAAAUAAUAAACAACCAUUCUAUAAUUACCUCAACGGUUGUUAUUUUAUCACCUCUUUUAUGCAUGUUUCUGAUAAAUCCUUAUAAACAUGACACGUUCAAAGAUAAUAAUAACAUACGAUAAUAAUUCAUUCUAUACACACCCUAUUUAUCAAAAUGGCUUAUAUAAAUGAUAAAGCUAAAAAGUAGGCAACCUUCUUCUUUGUACUUGGUAUGAAUAGAAUGAUAAUGAGAACAGAAUUCAUCCAUGAAUAAGCGUAUAUGAAACAUUUAUUACACUAAAUGACAGCAGUGUCUUUUUUUUUUUUUAUACAUAAAAACGUAGUGAAAAAAAUAAA